UUCUAAACUAAAAAAAUUUACCGGGAAACUUUUCUUGUACGCAACCGAAAAAACUGAAUUUAAUUUAUUAGUUGAAGGGGAAUCGAAAAAAAACGAAAAAUUUGCAGUGGAAGGCUGCAAAGCCGCAGUAAACUAAAAAAUGAAAUGACUCGUUUUGACCAUUUUUUCUGCGCCGCUUGUCAUCCGUUAUCCGUUUGCGCACGCUCAGCAUCAGUCUAAAACAUGGCCGGUAGAAGUACAUACGAUGACCGGGAUAACAGAGAUUUCAGAGGCGGUGGUCGCCGUCAAGGCAGCGGAAGACCCCUUCCCACCGAGCCUCCAUACACCGCUUACGUUGGCAACCUACCCUCGGGCGUCGUCCAGGGCGAUGUGAAUCGCAUCUUCGUAGACUUGCACGUCAAAAAUAUCCGUUUAGUCAUGGACAAGGAAACUGACCGAUUCAAGGGAUUUUGUUAUGUAGAAUUCGACUCGCUUCAGGACCUGGAAGCGGCCAUCAAUAUGAACGGAGAAGUCGAUGUGGAUGGAAACCUUUUAAAAAUCGAUGUCGCGGAAGGAAAACGAAACGACAGAGGUGGAGGUUUCGAUAGAGGCGGUCGAGGGGGUGGGAACCGGGGUAGGGGCAGUUUUAGGGGCGGCGAUCGACAGCAACAUGGUGGCUUUAAUGAUGGAGAUUUUGACAGACGUGGAGGUGGACCGCCGCGAGGUGGCUUCCAGGACGGACGUGGUGGUAACCGGGGAAACUACGGUAAUUUCACAGGAGAAGAGGCCGGUUGGGGUGGUCAGAAAGGAGGUUCCAGAGGAGGUUAUGGUGGACCUCCGGGAGGUGGACGACGAGGGUCUGGCGGACCCCCUGCUGGUGGCGGCGGAGGCGGUCAGGAUAGGAAAUUCACUGAGGAGUUACCUACUGCAGCACCAGAUACAAGCGGCAGGCCGCGACUAAAGCUUCUACCUCGUACGGUUAAGGACCCAGUGAACAGCAUCGCCGAAACGUCGAGGAACGCGACCAUUUUCGGCGGCGCAAAGCCUCGCGAGGAAAAUCUCGCGGAAACGCGCGAAUGAGACAGACUGAAACUUGCGCAGUCUCUGGCCUUGACUAGGAACAAGUAAUGAGACGAGUGUGCGCAAACGUGUAUAGUGGCGACAGUGCGAACAGGCAGAGGGAGUGGGAACUGAAAAAGGGAAGUGGAGAAAAAUCAAUUAUUUGGUUUAUAAGAUUUGCUACUUUUUCUCACGAUUCCAUUUUCAAUUCCCACUCCCUCGUAAAAUUUUAAAAAAAAAAAGUAAAAAUCACACCCGGUUGUGCGAUUACGACGACUUUCUACAAGUUAUAUACACCAGCCGACAAAAUAUACAGUAAAUUAAAUUUUAUGGACUAUAUUAUUAAACAUUGCAUUGUUGUAUCGCACAUACCGCCUACAUAUGAUAUAAUCGUUUUCGUUUUUUUUUUUAAUUCUCUUUAUAUUUUUUUGUAAAUUAUUAAUAUUAUGGAGAAUACUAAAGAUUCUAAUUGCUAGUGCUCUGCUGUACAAGUUGGGUUUGAUCAUUUUUAUUAGGUUAAUUUAUUUUUUUUGGAGCUCCAAGGUUGAAAGACGUAUUUUUUUUUUUUGUUUUUUUGUUCCAAGAACUUUGAUACAAUUGUCUUUAUAUUCAUAAACAUUUUUAAGCCAGCCUGAAACUUUGUAAGUUGAAAGAAAAAUAUUUUGUUUUAUUGUCAUUAUUCUUGCAUAGUUUAGGAUGGUAAUUUCUAAAUUUAGUAGACUUGAAAAGUAUUUCUAUUAGGUUUAGAAAUAAGGCGCACAAUCAUGAUGUGGGUUCUCUUUUUAUACAAGUUUUUAUUGAAACAAAUGAAACUAAAAAAUAGUAAAAUACUUAUCAAAAUACCAAAAAAAAAAGUAAUGCAAGUGUAUCAAAAGCUUUGACAUACAUUUAUUUUAAAUUAUUUUUUGUAGUAAUCUUAUUUUAGGAAACUUUCAUAAGAAAUUUUAAGUUACUCAAGAAAGUUUCCUUUUAGAAACAAAAUUAUAUUGCAUUUUACUAUUAAAUUAUUUUUUUGUAUAUUUCUGUUUUUGAUUUUACUUAAAAUUUUAAUGUAGGUUUGUUCGCUUCAAAAAGCAACAUUUGGAACAAAAUGUGUGUAUAUUUUUUUCCCAACUUAAUGUAAUUUGCAAUAACGGUUAAUAUUUGUUGUUAGUUAUAAAACUUAAAACGAGGAAAGAUGUGUUGUAGUUGCUUCUGCAUUUUAAUCUUUUUUUAUUUCAAAAUAUACAUUCAAAAAUAUACAAGUCUUCCUUUGGUGGCUCCCAGGAAGUCUUGCGACUACUAAGGUCUAGAAUUUCAAAAAUAUGACGGAAAAAAAAAAAAAAAAAAAAAAAAAAAACAUGGCGUCGUUGUAAAAUUCCUUUCCCAUUUUUCUAUUGUAACUAUGUAUUUGUAUAUUAGUGUUGGAAUUUUGCAAUUUGACGUCACGCGACCGGUCUUUACACAUAUUGUGUAAUCACUGUCCAAUUGUACGAUACAUUAUUAUUAAUUAAUAAUAAACAUUUCUGAUUUAAUUGUUGAAUUGUUUUAUUUUUUUU